AUGUGGCCUGGGAGUAAUCAGUCACUGAUGGAGCUGGAAGUGCGCAUGCCCAGUGCGGUCGGUCUGGGUCGGGAGGAUAGAAGGAGGAGCAGACGCGCCACCCCCAAAUACCGCUGUGCGCACGCGUCCAGAGAGCGUGUGCGCGUGGUGGCUUUCAACGUGGCCUUUGAUGAACUCAGAAAACUCCUGCCCAUCCUGCCCCCGGAUAAGAAGCUUUCCAAGAUAGAGAUACUCAGACUGGCCAUUCAUUACAUAUCCUACCUCGGCGCGUCUGAAGGAGCUGCCUUUCCCCCUCUGCUACCGGAGAAGAGACGCCCUUCACUGCGGAGAAAAAAGCACAUCUACCACAACCCUGCCCUCACACCGGACACCGGGAGUCGCAGAAGAUGGGGGAACACGUGUAAAGCAGAAAUACGGUCAAUGUGGGACUCAAACGAGCUGUCGUUGUGGAUCUCAGCGGCCUUCGAUUCCUCAAGUCUGUCUCUAUAG